AUGCGACAACGCGGGAACUCUCUCCAACAAGUCGGCUGGUCCUUCGCCGCCACCGUCACCCUCCUCUUGCUCAUCAUCAGUCUCUCCUCCAUCUACACGACCCACAGUCGGAUCCGAGCCAUCUUCCCGGACGCCUUUAGCAGUCAGACCACAUUCACGGCGUACAGCGAAGACCUUCGAGACGUCGCUUCCUCCAAUGUGACCUUCGUCGUGGCCAGCCGCAAGUCCGACGAUACUUCCUGGUUGGAGGCGAACCUCCCGACGUGGAGCAUCGUCCGCUACAUCACGGACGAUUUGAAUGCGGAGGUUUUCGUGCCCGUCAACAAGGGCCAUGAGGCGAUGGUAUACUUGACGUACCUCAUCGACAACUACCACUCCCUCCCACCGAUCUCUGUCUUCUCCCACGCCGAGCGAUACCAAUGGCACAACGACGACGCCCUCUUCGACGGCGCCCGCGUGCUCUCCCACCUGCAACUCCCCUACGUCCACUCCCAAGGCUACGUGAGCCUCCGCUGCGCCUGGCACUACGGCUGUCCGUCGGAGAUCCGACCCUUCGAACACGGCGACGACCCGGCCCCGGACCGAUCCAAAUUCCUCAUGCAGGACGUCAAGCCCUACUUCUACAAGCACGCCUUUGAGGCCAUGUUCCCGGGCGAAGAGGUCCCCGAGGUCGUGGGAGCCGGCUGUUGUUCGCAAUUCGCCGUCUCGAGGGACCGCAUCCUGCAGAGAUCCCUCGGCGACUAUCAGAGGGUCCGGAGGUGGUUGAUCGAGACGGAUCUGCCGGACAACGUCAGCGGCAGGAUCAUGGAGUAUAUCUGGCACAUUCUCUUCGGCCAAGAAGCUGUCUCCUGUCCCACCGCGGAAGAAUGCUACUGCCGCGUCUUCGGCAAAUGCGACCUGGUCUGCACCGAACCCGGGUCCUGCGAAAACCAGUGGUUCCUGCCCUAUGGCGAGAGACUCCCCGAGGGAUGGCCGGAGCGGGACUUCGAUGGGGAGAUCCAGGAUGUGGCUGCGUUGCGGGAAGUGCAGGAUGGUGAUUAUACUGCUGCUGCUGUUGGGUCAUGA